GCUAUAUAUACUUCACAUGCGCGCAUGGGCGAUGGGCGUCGGCGCGCUAGUCGCCGCAGGGGUGACCAGCUCCCUCCCCCUUGACGGCUGGUACGACUGUGCUUACUUUACGUUUGGACGGCGCCGCCGGCUAGAUGCCUCCGCUCCCCCAAGCGUCCUCUCCACCUACCCCUGGACGCCGCGAGGGUUCUCCAAACAUGCCACCGUCGGCCGCCAACGCACUGCCACGUCCGCCGCCGCGGCGGGCUCGACGCCAUCAGCUCAAUGUGCCACGAUCACAGUGCCGCUGUGUCAUGAUGGCGUGUGCAGCAGCGUCCGAACCAUCGACGUCUUUGUCAAGCGCAUUCCGGCAGCAUCCGGAACCAACUCGACGUCCGUGUGGCUCGUGCAGGGGGGGCCAGGGGCGUCCAGCGUCGCGAUGGAAGGGUUUCUCGUCGACUGGUACACGCGCCUCAGGGGCCAAGUAAGUGUAUACACGAUGGACCAUCGGGGCACGGGGCGAAGCGAGCUUCUCGGGUGCGACGCGACGCAGACGGAGACCGCGGGGAGCGUGGGGGGGUCGUCUGUGACGCUGUCGGAACUGCCGGCUUGUUUGCAGUCCAUGCAACGCCGCUACGACUACCAACCGGUGGCGUUUUCCAUCACGAGUGCGGCCAAAGACGUCGCGGCAGUCAUCGCGGCCCUUGACGACGCCCACGUGUUCCUGUAUGGCGUGAGCUACGGCACCGCAGUCGUCGAGCGCGUCAUGCACUUCAGUCCGUCCGUCGUGAGAGGGUUCGUCCUCGACGGCGUCCAGUCGGAAGCGUUCCCGACAUGGGCUGACGCCCCCACGUUUACCAACUGGGACCGCGACUUCAGCGUCGUGGCCGGGCGGUUUCUGGACCUGUGUCAAGAUGAUGCGUAUUGCCGACCCAAGUUUGCCCCCCUGGGGGGAUUGCGCCCGGCACUGCUGGAACUAUACGAUGGACUCGACGGUGGAAGUCACAACUGUACUGCGUUUGUCAAAACCUGGGGCGCACCGGACGACGCCCCGCCGUCCAGCACCCUCCGGACACUGUUUGGGUCGUUUUUCCCAGACAUGACGCUGCGACUGCUCCUUCCAGUGUUCAUCUACCGCCUACAUCGAUGCACGUCGAACGAUAUGGACGUACUGACGUUUGCCCUCGAUCAAAUGUAUGGAGGGGGAGCUUCUUCUUCGCCAGGAGACGGCGGCGACGACGCACCCGACUCGGCCAUGCUGUACAAGACCAUCGUGUACUCGGAGCUGUGGCAGCGUCCGACGCCCGGCCUCCUGGACCUGUACCAGGACUUUGCCGACUCCACCAUGAGCAGCGGCAUCUAUCCCCAGGUGGUCGAGUACUGCAUCUUCGCAGGCGCCACGUCGUCGGAACAGAACUGCGCCGACCUCGGAACGAUGCUGCCGGACGGGGUCGAUGCGUCCGUCAACUUCACGUACACCCCCGACGCGUACUUCAACGUCACCGCCGCCAUCCCACCGCACGCUUCAGUGGUCGUCCUGAGCGGUAAACUGGACGCCCAAACGCCGCACAAGUACGCACUCGACCAGUUUCAGCGCAUGACUGGAACGGCCAAGCGGCUGUUCCCCUUUGACUAUGCCGCCCACGGCACCAUCGUCACAACCCCCGUGGCCACCACCCCGGUAUACGACGAUAUACGCUUUAAAAACGGGCGAUCAAUGAUGGAUUGGUCGCGCUUUGCUCGAAGAAGCGCGCGUGUGACUUAUGAUGGAUAUGGAUAGAACAAUCCGACGUGUGCCGUGUCGUUGAUCGUGUCGUAUGUGCAGAACCAGGGGGAUGUGGACAAGAUCGACACGUCGUGCCUUGCCCGCGUCCUGCCGCUAGUGUUUCAGUGGACACAAGGUGCCGCCAAGGACACGUUCAACGUCACGGACGCUUUCGACGGCGUCGUAGGCCAGGACGUACCAACAACCCCGCCGCCAUCGACCACGUCCGCCAUCCCUCCAAUGCACACUGACGAAGCCACAGUAUCGUACUUGACAGGACUAGUCGUUGCAUGCGCAGUGCUCGGCGUGCUCUCCCUCAUUCUGGUGGCGCUUCUCAGAACACUCCAUAAACUCUCGCGGCUGGAUGCCGUCAGUAGUGUUGCAGUUGGCAAAGUCUAAAGAUAUGUCACAUGGUCGUAAUGUCA